ACCACUUCACAUAAACUCGUCGCCGACUUUCUCAUUUCCUAAUCUCUCUCUCUCUCUCGACCCUUUUCGUCGUCGUCGUCGCCCUCUUCCUCGAUCGCGAUCGCUUUCUAGGGUUUCCUCUUCCUCAUCCUCCCCCCUCCUCUCCCUCCCCGUCGCCAUGGCGACGAGGAACCGAACCCCUCUCUACCGGAAGUACCGCGACGCCCUCCGCAACGUCCGCGCCCCCUCCCCCUCCUCCUCCUACUCCGGCGGAGGCGGCGGAGGGCCGGUGAUCGAGCUCGUGAACGCCUCGCUGCUUCGAUCGGAUCGGGCCUACGCCCCCCUCAGCACCGACGACCCCGGGAGCUCUAGUGGAGGUGCAGUUACGGUCGGUCUGCCACCAGCUUGGGUGGAUGUUUUUGAGGAAAUAUCUACAAAUAUGCAACGGGCUAAAACAAAGAUGUCAGAGUUGGCUAAGGCUCAUGCCAAAGCUCUAAUGCCUUCAUUUGGAGAUAACAAAGGGGACCACCAUGCAAUUGAGGUUCUUACCCACGAGAUAACUGAUUUACUGAAGAGAUCAGAGAAGAGAUUGCAGAAACUUUCAACUGCGGACCCUUCUGAGGAUUCAAAUGUUCGGAAAAAUGUUCAGAGAUCACUUGCAACUGACCUUCAAAGCCUUUCAAUGGAGUUCCGGAAGAAACAGUCUUCUUAUUUAAAGCGGCUUCGACAGCAGAAAGAGGGUCACGAUGGUAUUGAUUUGGAGAUAAAUCUAAAUGGAACGAGAUCCACAUUGGAAGACGAUGAUGACCUUGCAGAUGGGGGUUUCACAGAGGUUCAGAUGUCAAAGCUUAAAAAAAGCGAGGUUUUCACAAGGGAGAGGGAGAGGGAGAUUCAACAGGUUGUGGAAUCGGUGAAUGAGCUUGCUCAGAUAAUGAAGGACCUCUCGGUUCUCGUGAUAGAUCAGGGGACCAUCAUUGACCGGAUAGACUUCAAUAUACAGAAUGUUGCAGCUUCAGUUGAGGAGGGCUAUAAGCAGCUCCAAAGGGCUGAGAGGACACAAAAGAAAGGGGGGAUGGUGACGUGCGCGACGGUGCUUGUCAUAAUGUGCUUAAUCAUGAUAGUCCUCUUAAUCCUCAAGUCUAUUAUCUUCUAGUCGCAGUCUCAAUUAUCCGAUCAAUCCAGUUACUUUUCGCGGUGAGCACAUCUCGAAGUGCUUCUCCAGAUGAAUAUACACUCGAAAUUCAACUUCCGAGAGAAAGCAGUUUAAAGUCGCACAUCCAUCUAAUGCUGAUGCCUCAACCCAGAAAUGCUUUCGUCGCGCUUCGGAGAAUGCUUGGCGGUAUAUACUAUACACUCUAUUUUUCACCUGGUCGAUAAAUGCGCAGAGUAUUUCAAUCGGUGUCCAAUUGUUCAAAAGUUGCUCCAAGUUUUUCUUUUCUGUUUUUUUUUUUUGUUUAUCCCUUUUGGAAGAAGGAGAGUUAUUCCACUUCUUUUCGCAAAGGGGAACUCUCCUUGUAUCCAGAGAAUUAUAACACCGCAUCGAAUUCCCUAUACGAAUUCAUAAACUUUAAUGGGAGGAAAUGUUCCUGUUUUUGUGUGUUUUUGUUA